UUCCUGAGAACUUAGCAGAGGAGUUUCAAAACUUUUUUUUCCAGAGGAAUUGGUACACUCAAAUAAGGAAGGUUUUCGAAUCGGGGGGGGAAGGAGGUUUCAAUGAUAUUCAUGCAAACAACCGAAAGAAGAAACUUUUCCCCCCAGUUCGACCGAGAGAUUAGCAACCUCAGUGGCGAUGCGAUGUGAGUGAGCGAUGCCUUGUGGAAAUGGACAAACUGUAUCCAAGCGAAAACAUGGCGUCUGUUCCUCACUGUUCGGACUUUCCACCAGUCUACUGCUUUCCUUGUGUUUUGCUCUCACCUCGGGAAUGGUGGACUCGGUCAACCAUCACUGUCCCAAGAACUGUACAUGUUCAGUUGUGGGACCACAAAGUGUCGUUAACUGCUCUAACACAGGGCUCGACCGGGUACCAGAAGCGACGGACAUCCCGUACUACACCAGUAUUCUGGAUCUUUCAAAAAACCAAAUUUCCUCUGUAGAUGCCAGUGUCUUUGAUCAUCUGACUUCCUUGAAAGAAUUAUAUCUUCAAGGUAACCGUUUAAGUAUUCUUCCUCAUGGGAUUCUUGGAUGUAGAACAUUAUCCAUAAUAGAUUUAAGCAACAACCAGAUUUCUACAUUAGAAGAAAGAAUAUGUGAUAAUUUAUUUAAUUUAAGUGAAAUAAACUUGAGUUUCAAUCCAUUUGUCUGUGAUUGCAAACUUUUCCGAUUGGUAAGUUGGAUAGCGGAGAGGGGAGUGGUUGUCCACCAACCUGAAUCCAUGCAAUGUGCCAAACCGCCAGAGGUGAAGAACCUGCCUCUUUUAAACGUCAGCCUUUCCAGUGUUAUAUGCGGGUUAAACUACGCAGCCUGCUUGUUCGAUACGAACACCGAAAGGAAGGAGCUCGUCAUCUUUUCAUCGUCGACUUCAGGGAACUUCACGCGGGACUCCUGCAAUGCUCACUGCUUCAAAACGGGGCAGCUGUAUGGGGGCCUGGGCUCCAAAAACGAGUGCCUGUGCAGCACAAACUCUGAGCCCAACUUCAUCAGUGAAUCCCAGUGCUCCGCGGCCUGCGCGGACAACCAGGUGAUGAAGAACUGCGGCUGGACGUUGGCCAAAGAGGUCUUCCUGGUGGACUUUGCUGCCUCUUUCCGCCAGCUGCAGGCUUUCAGCGUCCACAAGGAAGCCACACUUUCCAUCAGUAUUUCGGUCUCUGUCAGCACUUUAUCAUGGGACUUUGGAGAUCUAACGCCUUUGCUCAAUACCACCACAACUUGGGCCUCUCACAAGUAUGCUCUGCCUGGGAGGUACAGGGUGAAGGUCACACUCUGGUCGGGAAACAAGGACAAAACCAUCCACACGGACAUUGACGUCAUCGUUCCGGCCCGCCUGGAGGUAAAGUGUCCUACCGUAGUUACCGCCAACGACAGCAUCGACGUCCGGGUUUGGAACCUGGGUGGCACAGACCUUGCUGUGGACUGGAGAAUGACUGGCAAUGGCAACGAAACUCUCAGAGCGACCCCGUACUGUCCGCCCGAAGGCCUCGUCUGCUCGGAGAACGGCCACUGCUACCAUGUGCUCAGAGGCGAGUCUCCCUGGCUGGAGGCCCGACAGCAGUGCCUUUCGCACAGAAGUGGUGACCUGGCCGUAGUGAACACUCCCCACAUCCGCAACUUCCUGAUCGGACAUAUACGAAAUGACCGAGGCGUGUGGGUUGGACUCAGCGACGCUGGAAGUCCUGGGAUUCUGCAGUGGGUUAGCGGCUCGGCUCUGGAAGCUAGCGAUGACUGCAAGAGGGAGAAAGAGGCACAGGUGUCAGGGAACACCUGCGUUUCCCUGAACUCCACCGGCCAGUGCAACACCCACCUUUGCUCCUCCAAAAGAGGCUUCAUCUGCGAAUUCCGACCACACGCAACAAUACCUGAUGCAGAUGUAUUCCUGGAAGGCUGCGCCGUCUUCAGCAGACAUUGGCCAUUCGAACCGGCAGCCACGGUCACGGUCUUGACCAACCCUGCAAGGGAGGUGGAAUUGCUGAUGUUCCCAAGUGUGUGGUUCAGGAAUGGAGGCCGCCUGUCAGCUCUGGAGCUUGUGAUCCAGGAGCUGAAAGAUCUAGUGCAAGUUAGGUUUCAGGUUUAUAGACCACAAUGCACACGGCGGGAUCUCCAUCUUCUUUUGCCAGUGUGCGGAGAGCUCUGUGUGCCCACAGCUGUGUGCUACGAGGAGGAGGUGAACAUCACAGUGGGCUCUUGUCCAGCUCAACAGCAAUGGUGCCAUUUCCUGUCCAGAUGUUUGCCCCUUAGCAGCCCCUGCCACCCCAGUUUGUGCUCCAACUGCUCGAGCGCAAGAUCCCUCUCCUCGGCUUUCACUCACCCCAACUACAGCCUUGUUGAAGAAGUCCUCUUCACCCUGCCACCUGGAAAAUCCAGACACUACUUGGUAAAAGAAGGGAUUGAGGAUAUCCACGUCUCUCCCGGUGACUUCAUUGCUAUCCAGCAUGAUGCAGGGCCUGGAUUUCUCAUCAGCUGUGACCGAAACCCUUCAUCUCCAUGGAGACAGAGCUACUUCACGGUGAACCACUCUGAUUGGAUAACUCCCUCCCUCGACAACACAGCGCCUGGGGCCUGGACUGAAGACGCCGUGUGCUACCUGAGAGUCUUGUACACUCGGAAGCAGGUGGUGCCCAUCGAGAGUGAGCUUCUCAAAGCCGGCCUGCCCAAUCAAGGCCUGUACACUUUUCAGGUGUCUGCAGAAAGCGAAGCUCUUUCAAGCCAAACGUCCUGCACCAUCCAAAUAGUUCCCCCGCUCAGCGUAGCUGUAGUCUACCCGCCCAGCCAAGAUGGCACUCUGUACUUGCCCACUAACCACACCUUCCUUCUUGUGAAGAUAACCUCCUGGGGCAGGGCUGUUGCCCGCUGGCAAGGCAGCAACCAGACUUUCCCUUUCCAAGAAACCUGCCCCACAGAGCUUGCCUCUGCGGUUGAGGCCUGUCGGGGCAACGCAGACAACAGCACUCUGUUUGCCUACAUGGAUUUGGACCUGACAGCCCCCCAGGAGUCUCAGGUUGUCAUCACGGUGGAAAAUCCAUUGAGCGCUGCCAACCUCACAGUCAAGGUCAAAGUGGAAGAACCUCUAAGAGGAUUGAAAAUUGUUCCCAAUCCAAACCAGAGAGUGCUAAUGGAGUCGUUAGUGAGUUACACUGCAACAGUAGAGGAGGGUUCUGAUGUCAUUUUCAAGUGGACCGUUGAUGACAAACCGUCCUUCACAUAUUACAACACUGUGCUCAAUGUCAUUUACCAGAAUGCAGCGGUAUAUAAGCUGUCUGUCAUGGCUUCCAACCGUGUGAGCAGUUUGACCCAGCACUACAACGUGACGGUGGACAGAAUGCUGAAGAUGGCCGGUCUGACCGUGAUGGGCGUCCCAGCGAUUGUCACCCAGGGCUCAGCGGAAACGCUCUCUGCUAGCAUCAACGUGGACAUAUCUGUGGACGCCACCGUCAGAUGGUGUUUCGGGGAUGGAGGUUAUCAAGAGUAUAGCUUCAAACCGCCCUACGAUAAUUCUCUUAUUCUUCCUGAAACGAAUGCAAAGCAGGUGGUUUUACAACAAAAUGUAACCUACACCUACCCACAGCCAGGAGAAUAUACCCUGACUGUGUCAGUGUCCAAUAGGUAUGAAAAUGUCAGCCAGCAGAUACAUGUUUUUGUCUACAGCAUCCUUACUUCUGUGGAAAUACAGAACGACACAGACCCACUGGUUGUUGGGAUGCCAGCAGUGUUUGAGGCCCAUCCCCUGCCUUCUCCUUACGGUAUCGUCUACACCUGGAACUUUGGGGAUGGCUCUCCUUGUCUGCAGGGGCGUGAGCGAAGAGUGAACCACACCUUCAGUCAGAGCGGAGUCUACACCCUUAGUGUCCUAGCCAACAACACAAUCAGCAGUAUCGGCUCUCAGAUGAGCAUCCUUGUCUUUGAAGAAAUCAGAGGACUGACGGCCUCCUCCAGUGGGCCUACGGAACUUAACACUCCUACCUAUAUAAACGCCUUUGUGGAAUCUGGGAAUAACAUCACAUGGAUUUUUGAUAUGGGAGACGGGAGUGUCCUUACGAGUGCUGAGCCGGAGGUGGAACACAAGUAUGUGAAAGACGCAACCUACGUGGUGAACAUCACUGCCAUGAACCAUGUCAACUCUCUGUCAGUGUCCCUCCGUGUUCAGGUGUUUGUGCUGGAAGUCUUGAAACUGGAGCCUUCUGGCUGUAUUCAGGAGCUCCUCAACAUAAGCUUCAUUGCUUUUGUGUCUGGCAACUCUUCAAGUUAUGUGUACGAAUGGAGUUUUGGGGAUGGCUCACCAAAUCGGACUAUCCACCACAGUCCAGAAGUGGCACAUAGGUUCUCGAGGAGUGGAAACUACCAUCUCUCUUUGGUUCUGUCAAGCAGUGUGAACAAAGCCAAUUUUUUCACUUGCGUUUGUGUUCAGCCAGUGGUUACAAAUGUCACCCUCCUUCCUCAGAGCAGCUACACCAGACUGGGAGAGGAGAGCGAGUUCAUCGUAGCUGCUUUUCCCGAAUUCCAGUACACAUACUUCUGGGACUUUGGCACCAAUGACUCUUCUGUUCGAGGGACCAACAAAAUGGGGUUUACGUACAAAAGCCCAGGACGGUACUUUGUGACCGUGACUGUUCUCAACAACAUCUCGUUUAGCAACAACACAGCCCUUGUAGAGGUUCAAGAAUCUAUUGGCUUAGUGGUGAUUCAGCACAAUGGCACAAAAUCCAAUAAUCUAGCCCUGCACGAGGUGUAUAUGUUUACAGCCUUCGGUGAUUAUUGCAAGGCACAUUACACGUGGGACUUUGGAGAUGGAAGCAUCCUCAUGGGUCGUAAUGCUGCACAUGCAUACAAUUCCCCUGGCUAUUUUAACAUCACCCUGACAGGAACCAAUGAGGUUAGCACUAACAGUACUCAAAUUACUGUCUCCGUUAUAACACCAAUCCGUGGCUUGACAAUCAAUGCAAGUAUGAUCAACGUGCCUCUGAAUACAUCUGUUAAUUUUGAUGCACAUCUCAUAGAAGGCGAUGAUGUUCAUUAUUCCUGGAUUCUGUGCGACAGGUGUACACCGAUUCCCGGGUCAUCAACCAUAUACUACACUUUUCGAUCCAUCGGAACCUUUAAUGUCAUUGUCACAGCAGAGAAUAGAAUUAACUCAAUGCAGGCCAGCAUCUUUAUUUUUGUUUUAAGAGAGCUCGAGGGUCUUCAGAUUUUAGCGGAUGAUCUUGUGGAUGGCUGUUGUUUCAUGACUAAUAAAGCACUCCAUAUGCAAGCGACACUCCGUGAGGGAACCAACAUGUCCUUCAGCUGGACCAUUUUGAAAGGCCAAGAGGCCAUUCUGAACAUCAGUGGAAAGGAAGCAAUCGUCAACUUCCCUGAGCCCGGCGUUUAUGAUGUUAUUGUAAAGGCCACCAAUCUCUUGGGCCAAAUCAGUGUAAUCAAAACUAUUGAGUUUUUAGAUCCAGUAGGAAGUGUAAGUCUGAAGGCAACUCCUAAUCCUGUUGCAGUAAAUGCCUUUACUAACAUUACUUUGUUAGUGAGUGGUGGCACAAAUUUAGAAUGCCUUUGGUCCACUAAUGAUAAUUUUACCUUGACUUCAAAGAAUCAGUCCAUUGUUCAUCAGUUUAAAAGUCCCGGGCUCAAAUUUGUCAGUGUCACGGUUGCCAAUAAAGUGAGCUCUAAUACAGCUUCGGAUUGGAUAAGUGUACAGGAGCCCAUUUCAGGGGUAACAUUUACCCCUAAAGAUGUUGCAGACCAGCAGUACAUUGCCUCAGGCACAACUCUGACACUACAGGGAAACAUCCAAACAGGUACCAAUGUUUCUUGGACAUGGCACCUUCCCAACAGCUCUGAAAUGGGACGACAGAUAUCUUAUUGCUUCCCAGUAGCUGUGCUUUAUACAAUUACAUUAAAUGUUUCUAAUGACAUCAGCUGGGCGGUUACCACUAGAAACUUCACUGUGCAAGAUAAAAUAGAGGGGUUAGAACUUAAAGCCAGCAGGAACAUUGCUGCCGUGAAAGAAAAUGUCAUUUUCAUGAUUGGUAUAUCAUCAGGAACGUCCGUGAGCUUUCACUUAAGUAUUAGUGGUGACUCCAGUGUACUUACCUUAAAUACCUUAAAUUUUACCCACCAGUUCACCAGAGUGGAUACCUAUGUUGUUAAUCUGACGGCUCAGAACCAAGUCAGCUCAGAAAGAACAAGUACAGUUGUAACAGUUAUGGAGCCAAUUAGUAGGUUGACGAUGGUUAACUGCUGUGAGCAAGCCAUCCCAGUUGGUGUAACUAAAAUGUUCAGUGCUGAAACUCAGUCGGGAAGCCGUGUGACUUACCUUUGGACUUUUGACCUGCACUUUGGUUCCAAGACAUCCUUGAUUGGGAAGGAAGUUUUCUACACACCCCCAGAGCCAGGACAGUUAAUCAUAUAUCUGAGAGCAGUCAAUGCAUUAGGAGGUCAGAACAUAACGAAAGUAAUACAGGCCCAGAACAUCCUGCUUUCUGCUGUCCUUGAAGCUCAACCUCAAGAAACAUUGGUCAAAAAGUCCGUCCUUCUGACUGCUUUCGUUUUGCCGAGACCUCACGAAGGCACAUUCCUGUGGAAUUUUGGAGAUAGUUCGGAAAAACAAGAAAGCAACACGCCAUCCAUCUCCCAUUCCUACUCUCAUCCAGGGGUGUUCACCGUCCAGGUGAAUGCCAGCAAUUUUGUGAGUUUCGUUGUUGCCCAGAUUAACGUCACUAUACAGGAACUUGAGUGCGAGGAACCAGAGGUCCAGUUGGUGCAUUCGUCCCAGGUGGUAAUCAAAAGAUCACAGAGAAAUUAUAUGGAGGCAACUGUUGACUUAAAAGGAUGCACCAGGUACGAUGUGGAAUAUUUGUGGGAAAUCUACAGAGUGUCAGCUUGUGCGAACCUACGUGAUACUGUUAAAGUAAAACUUCAUGAUGAUCUAGAUGUCCGGAGACCUCAGCUGGCCAUUCCAAAAAUGGCACUGGGUGUAGGCAACUACUGUGUGGUGUUUUCCCUUUCAUACAAAGGCAGCCCACUCAGAAAGAGCAUUUCCCUCAGUCUCAGUGUGAUCCCAGGAAAACUGGUACCAAUAAUUGAUGGUGGGACAUUUAGAAUCUGGUCCAAAUCUCAAGAUCUGCUAUUAAAUGGAGAAAAGUCCUACGACCCAAACCUAGAUGCUGAAAACCAGUCACCUCUAAGCUAUUCCUGGGACUGCUUUCUUUCAUCGAAGAACUCCCCUAUUGGAUGUAGUUUGCAUUUUGGCUCACAGGAACCACUACUGGUAAUUCCCGAGGACAUGUUAGAGGCGGAUAUGGAAUACACAUUCCGCCUCACUGUCAGCAAGCCAGGGAUGAGUCCGGAGUCUACGAAUCAGACUGUUUUAGUGAAGAAUGGCAGAAUCCCAAUGGUGCUGCUGGAAUGUGUUUCUUGCAAGGCUCAGUCUGUCUACGAAGUUAGCCAGAGCUCCUAUGUUUAUCUGGCGGGGACAUGCAGCAACUGUCAGGAUAACUCUCACACUGGGCACUGGACGGCCCUGAACUCGAACAACGAGUCUCUGGUGUUGAACAUGAGCACCACAACCACGGGGAGUAGGGGCAUGAACCUGGUGGUGCGCCAGGGGAUCCUGCGUGACGGAGAUGCCUACAUUUUCACCCUGCAUGUCACCGACCCCAUGAUGGAUGGCGUGGGUGUGGCCUCAAUUAAACUCAGACCUAACCUGCCCCCUGCUGGUGGGUCCUGCACACUACAUCCCCAUGCCACUGCCAGUGCCCUGACCACCAAAAUACAAUUCACAUGCACAGGAUACGAGGACUCAGAUGACGCGGAGACGCCGUUAGUCUACAGCUUGAUUGUAACCCGCUGCGUCAAGAGUUACUGCGAGGAGUUCUACGUGUACAAGGGAACCAGCUCGGAAUACUCAGCCUUUGUUCCCCCCGGAUUCCGCUCCAAUAACUUUAAGGUCGAUGUGUCGGUGAGAGUGGAGGACCACCAAGAAGCAUCCACUGUGGCGCUGAACCAGUCGAUGGUCAUUCGACUGCCCGAACCACCGCAGGGUUUUCAAAGCCUCACUCAGUGGCUGUAUAACCAAACCGAAACGGCCCUUAAGGAUCUGCUGAAGCAGGGAGAUCCCCAGCAGGUCCGCGAGUUCUCCCUGGCACUCAUCACCGUGCUCAACGAGUAUGAACAAACCGGGCCACCAUCCUUGGACUUGUGGAGAGAAAGAGAACAGCGCGUCAUCAUCCGCAGCAAUAUCACGCGAGCCCUGGUCUCUCUGGACGUCAACACGGUCAAUGACAUUAAACAGACAUCAGCGGCCUUGGCGCAGUGCACAACUGUCAGCAAGGAAUUCAUUUGCCAGGAGUGCCAGAAGAUUACACUUACCAAGCUGGAAUCCAUGCUGGACAUCCUGCAAAGUGACACAAGGCAGGGAACAGUCACCCCCACAGAAAUUGCCGAUAACAUCCUCAACAUAAUGGGAGAUCUGAUUCACCUGGUGAACCAGGCACCCCCCCAGCCAGCUGCAGAGGACAAGUUUAGCAUCAGCAACGAUCAGCUGCUGGUAGCCUCCAAAGCCUACAACCUGUCCUCCGAGCUGAUGAGGAUCCUCAUGCACUCCCGUGUGCUGAACGAGGAACCCCUCGUCUUCAACGGCUCGGAGAUCACCACGGCCGGCAAGCGCGCGGACCCCCUCAACUUGCUGUGCUACGUUGACGACCCCACUUGCCGUUUCUCCAUCCCGGAAAGCUUCAACACCACCUUCAAGGACGUGCCGCACAUCGUUCAGGUCCUCUUCCAGGUCGAGUCCAACCCUUUCCCCUUCGGGUACGUGGACAACUACACCGUUUCGACGGAAGUGGCCUCAAUGGAGUUCCAGACGGAAAACGGCACCCAGAUUCCCAUCUCCAGCUUGAGCGCAAACAAGGCCAUCACGGUGAAGGUGUCAAACGGUAAAGGAGUGAAGAAGAUCUUGUCUGGGGCGGCCAACAUCAGCGAGUGGAGCUCCGUGAUCGUGAUGGUCAGAACAGGCAACACUAACAGAGCAGCUGGGCUACAUGUGCAGCUCACAUUCACAGUGCUCAAUGAUGCUGGUGCUGUCAAGGGAACAGAGCCAUACAUUACUGCUUAUCUAAACAGCCACAGCAGGCCCAAUGAGCACAACUGCACAGCACAGAAGAAGAUCACCCUUAGCCUGAUUAAAGGGCUGGAUCACAAGCCAUACACUUUCUUCCUAUCUCCAGAGGCCUAUGACACAACGCAGGACUACUACGUGAACGUGACCAACGGCUGCCGGUCGUCUCCAGUGCGGCUGGAGGUCGGCGUCUACUCCUCCCUCUGUCAGUACUUCAACGCCGGCGAGCUGCUCUGGAAGACGGACGGCAUGGUGCCCUUGGAGGACACCACCAUGGGCAGGGCCGUCUGUCGCACGGAGCACCUGACCGCCUUCGGGGCCAGCCUCUUCGUGCCCCCGCAGUCCGUGGUCUUCAUCGUCCCUGAGCCGUCUCCAGAAAUGAGCUACAUUGUACUGCUGACGUGCGCAGUGAGCUUCGUCACUUUCUCCAUCGUGGCAGUCAUAGUGAGGAAGUUAGACCUGAUCGACAUCAAGCGCACGGGGGUCAUUCCCUUCUGCGGCAAGGAUGGUCUCUACAAGUACGAGGUCCAAGUGAAGACCGGCUGGGGGCGAGGGUCAGGCACCACGGCUCAUGUGGGGAUCAGCCUCUAUGGGAGAGAGGGCCGGAGUGGCCACAGACACUUGGACAGCGGCAGCGCCUUCACGCGGAGCAGCCUGGAUAUAUUUCACAUCUCCACAGACAGCAAUCUGGGCAGCAUCUGGAAAAUUCGGAUCUGGCACGACAACAAAGGACUGAGUCCCUCUUGGUACGUCCAGUAUGUCGUGGUAAAAGACCUGCAGACAAGCAACAAGUAUUUCUUCCUCAUUGAGGACUGGCUCUCUGUGGACAAUGACAAAACAGAAGGGAUGGUGGACAUAGAGGUUGAAGCUUCAACGGAUACCGAACUGCAACGCUUUUCCAGGAUCUUUGUGGCAGAGCUGGAAAGAGGCCUGUCAGAGAAGCACAUCUGGCUGUCUCUCUGGGAACGUCCUGCCCGGAGUCGAUUCACACGUCUCCAGAGGGCCACCUGCUGCUUCCUCCUGGUUCACCUGUUCCUCCUCGCCAACAGUGUGUGGUACGGCCUUGUGGGGGAUAAGAGCCGUAGAUACACACCUGUUUCCAACUUAACCUCUGUGAGUGGUGAGACAUUGGCUGUGGGGCUGGUGACCUGUCUCAUCAUCUAUCCCGUCUACCUGUUUGUGCUGGCUCUCUUCAGGAUGGCCCGCAGCAAGGUCUGUGUGGAGCAGCCUGUGCCUCAGCUUGACCAGGAGUCACUAGAGAUUGAUGAUUACCUGGAUAGCUCCAUUGCCGGCAGCUCCUUCCUCAUUUUCAACGGGAUUCCAGGGGAGACAUAUUCUGAGGAUACCAAUCUGGACGUACCAAUAGCUUCAUCAAAGAGUCUGCAGAAAACGAACUUCCAGGAGAGUGUGGCUAACUGGCCCGACCUUCUCAAAGACCCCUCCAUCAUGGUCGGUCACCUGCCCAAGCUGAAGAGGGGACAGGGCAGCCGCCAUCUCGGAGUGGACAUGACCCUGGCAUCGGAGGAGGAGGAGUACAACAACCGGAACAAGUACUUUACCGCUUCAGAUGAGGAUUUAAUAAAGAAGAUCUUAGCUGAUGGACAACUGCAGAUGUCUAAACUGCGAGAGGCUCAGCAAUACUUCUCUCAGACAGAGAGCGAAAUGGCAGACUUGUCCAGUAUUUUUGGAGACAAGACUGAAGUGAUCCUGCUCCAGAAGCUGAAUGAACCUGUUCCCGCUGGGACAAUAAGAAGGGACCCCCCCAAGUCUGCAUUCACUUCCAGAACUGUGGUGACAGAGCUGUCGAAGAGGAUGCUCUUCCCAUACUGGUGCAGUCCGGCUGCUCAUGUCCUGAGCCUCCUGCUCUGUGUCGUCUCCUCCGGUGUAUCCGUGUGGAUUGGGCUCCGGUUCAGCUCCAGCGUGGCCCUCAUGUGGCUCAUUUCCGGGAUCUUCAGCUUCCUGGCCUCCUUCUUUGUACUGGAGCCGCUGAAGAUCUUGGCGGAGGCUUUCUACUUCAGCCUGGUGGUGAAGAGAGUUCAGCCCGAAGAGCAGGAUACCCUGGUGGCAUGUCCCCGGGUGCUGCACGUGUCCGAGAGGAUUCAGAAAGUGCGCCCUCCGCAGGGCUUCGCUCUGUUCCAGGCCAGGGAGGAAGCCAAGAAAGUGAGAAUCCUUCACCGAAUGUUGACGAACUUCCUUGUCUACAUGCUGUUCCUGCUCGUCGUGCUGCUCAUUAACUACGGAGACUCGGCCAGAGAUGCCAGCAGCCGGCAGCUGCAAGCUUUGCUCCAGCAGAGGCUCCAUUCCGCCACUUUCAGCAGCAUCAGGAAACAUGAGGACGUCUGGCUGUGGCUGUCCGGCUCUCUGAUCCCAUACCUGUAUAACAAUGACACCCUGUUGAAAGAGACCAGCAGCAUCCUCCUGGGGUCUCCUCGCCUUCGACAGAUCCGCGCCCGGGAAGGCUGUACUGUGGAAGAUUAUUUCAAUACAGGCUUCCUCUUAGGAGAGUGCAAACAGUUUGCUUCCACUGUGGAUAAUGGAACGCACAGCAUUGAGUUGGACAGAUCAACCUCCAACCUGACUCAGAGAUGGGUCAGCUCCCCACCUGACUUCACAGGGGUUUGGUAUUGGGGUAAGCUCUCCAUUUAUAACAAUGGUGGCUAUAUCCAAGAGCUGAAGAGAUCUGCAGAUGUAUCCAAAGUAAUUCUGCAACACCUCCAGAACUUCAACUGGCUGGACAAAAUGAGCAAGGCUUUGUUUGUGGAGUUCACGCUGUACAACACCAAUACGGAUGUGUUCGCCGUGGUCACGUUCCUGGUGGAGUUCUCCCUCUCCGCUGGAACUCUGGCCAGCGUGGACAUCAAAGCCAUGAGUUUACGGAGACUGAGCUCCGGCCUCGACCUGCUGCUCCUCAUGAUGGUGUUCCUCUUGGCAUUUGCGAUUUACUUUUUGGCUCGUGAAGGCAUGGCAGUGAGGCGAGAGGGCUGUCGCUACUUCGCCCAGCCAUGGAACAUUGCUCAGUGGUGCACCAUCGCCCUCUCUCUGUCCACUGUGGUCGUGCACCUGAGCCGCGUGUCCCUCGCUGACCGGCAGUGGGACACCUUCCUCCAGCACCGGGAAGGCUUCACCGAUUUCUACAAGUUUGCCUUCCAGAGCACAGUCUUCACUGAACUGGCGGCUGUGCUGCUCUUUCUGCUGAUUCUGAAGGUCUCUCACCAGCUGCGGUUCCUGAGAGAGUGGUCCAUCUUUGGGAAGACCCUGCGCCGCGCGGCCAAGGACCUGCUGGCAGUGACGGUGGCUUUCGUUCUCCUGCUCCUGGCCUACUCCCAGCUGGGCUACCUGGUGUUCUCUUCUUCAGCGGAGGGCUACAGCAGCGUGGGCUCAGCCUUUCUCUCUCUUCUGGGCGUGCCGCAGGGGCUCCUGGCGCGGAGGCCGUCUCUGCCGCGGCCGUCCGCCCUCUCCCUGGCCUAUCUCAUCAGCUACGGGGUCGUCCAGGGCUGGCUGGUGCUCCGCCUGUUCCCCGCCGCCCUGCUCAGGAGCUACGCGCUGGUGCGCUCUGAGCUGUACAGGCCCGCCUUCGAGCCGCAGGACUACGAGAUGGUAGAGCUCUUCCUGAGGAGGCUGAAGGUGUGGAUGGGGCUCAGCAAGACCAAAGAGUUCCGUCACAAAGUGCGCUUCGAGGGCAUGGACCCCCUGCCAUCCCGCUGCUCCAGCGACUCCAAGUCCCUGUGCCCCCUGCCGACCCCGGACACGGCGUCGGACACGUCCUCGCGCCCCUCCUCCUCCAGCCCCUGCGGCCCGGCGGAGGCCCUGGGCCCGGCCCCGCCCCGGGAGAGAGCCGAGGCCGAGGCCACCCUCCGCCGCCUCCCGCCGGUGUUCGACGCCCUGCUCCUGCAGCUGGACCGCGUCAACAAGGUCACGGAGGACCUCUACCAGACGGAGUGCCGCCUGGAGCGGGCGCAGAGGCGGCUCAACCGCAGCAAGUGCCUGCAGGUGACGGAGGCCCUGCUCAGCAAGUACUGCCUGGUCAACAGGAGCGCCUCUGCUGGCAGAGGCCCGGCGGGCAGCCGCGGGCAGAAGCCCCCCGAGCUGCGGGCCAGGUCUCCGGGCGCGCGCCCCGGCCCACGCGACAGGGAGUCCGCCUGCGACGCGGACGCGGCGAUCCCCUCCAGUUUAUUCCGGCACCCCGCCCACACAACCACCAUCCCCACCAGGAAACGGAGACCCCCGCCCAUGAAAAACAAGGUGCACCCCAACACGGAUGUGCACGUGACCGGUCACCCAAAAAUGGAGGCUCUCUCCCGGCAGGGCAGCCAGCUGUGAGCGUCGCUUACAGCUGAGGGGGGUGGUGAAGGCUUCUUAAGGGGGAGGUUUUGAGAGGGUUACUCGAGCGCCACUGGGAUAAUCUCAUUGGCACCGAUUGCCAGAAGUCAAUCUUGUAACCAGGCCGCAGUAGCCGAAAUUGCCUCAGGUUUCUACCGAAAUGGCGCCCUGCUGAUCCCGGAAAUGGACAGAUUGAACGUGGCGGCGCGCUCUUUACCCUGUCGUGGUGUGCCCGAAUGAGAAAACAACAAAUAAAUUAAAAUGGGGAGGCUCAGCAGGGCGGUCGCUUCUGGUGCAGACCUGCCAGGAAUCAUCAGAUGGUUCUGCGGGAAAAUAAUCGGAUGAGCCGAUGAGCUGAUGAGCCGCAAUCACUUUCCCUCUUAAAAGGGGGAGCAGCUCUGAUGAGGAAGCGCUGUGUUAUCUCGUGGAAAGACUUGUGUUUUUAAGAAAGAAAGUCACAAAAGAAGCUACAACCUGCCCCGGAGGCCUGGUGGGAGCCUAACAACAAAGUUAAGGUGAUAGUGGCAUCAGGUCGUGUCAAGACUGUUUCCCACACAGCUCUUCACUGCAGGACUUCCAUUCUGAUUACUGUCCAGUUCUGCUUUAGAAUCCUAUUAGAUCUCUUCACCACAGGAAAAUAAUCCGAAGCCCUGAACAGUCCAUGAAUGUUCUGAUGUCUUUGAACAGCGGUUGUGGGGACCUUAGAGAAUUAUAUGGUACACAGUGAGGAUUUCAAGACGGUGCGGGUCGCCACUUUUUAUUCCAAAGACCCUGGAGGUCUGCGUGAAAAUGACAAAGCAUCGGUUGUGCUUUUAAAAAUAUCAAUUGAAAAUGAAUGGACUGCAAAAUUAACAAAGUACUUGCUUGGUGUACAAUUCUGUUCAACACGUUGCUCUAAAAGAAAACUAUUGGUGAUUAUUUUUCUUUUUUUAUAAAAAAAAAACUGGUGUAAGGUCAUUGUUCUGUUUCAGAGCAGUUUUGAGUUUUUGUAUUUACAUGUGUUUUCAGAUCAAGGUUGCAGAAAUCCAAUGGCCUGGUGCACUGCAGAAGGUAUAGAUGAUAACUGUGCUAUCAGUGCCCCCUCCCAGCUUUCACUGAAUUCUUAGCAAUUCUUAGGAAUCAAGUCCAUACAGUAAAGAUAAAUCGGAGGUAAAAAAGAAAGAUAUUGAUAACGUUUAUAUAAUAAUCAAGUGUUAUGGAUGUUUAUCCCUUAUUAUUGUCUCAGGUUGUUAUAUUCAACACAGGGGUGUCCAAUUCCCAGCAUGCAAAGGCUGUAGGAUCUUCAGAUGCUCUUCCCAACUUAACGACAUUAAUUCAGAUUUUCAACCACAAUGUCAACAGGCUUUAUUGGCGCGACUGAUCGAAUUAAUCUUGCCAGUGGAGUAGCAGUUAUCUAGACGGGUACAACAGAAAACAUGGUAUAAGUUCGCUAAGGAGUCCCAGAGUUGCUGAAUUGGAGGCCAAGCGGGCCAACUGUUUAAUGAAGUUAGAGUAACAGGACAUGUUUGGCAUUUUCAAAUAAUAAUUUACUGCUUCAGCCAACAGGAGCUCGUGUGGAUUAAACAUCUGAAGAAUCUGAACUGGGUCAACUGAACAUGGUUCCGCUACACUAUAUACAGUACAUCCGGUUGUUUCUCGGUUUGGGGGUUUUUCGGUUUCAUUGCGAGCCCACUGCGGCAUGCAGACGGCUCAUGUCAUCGAAAGCCCCACUGAGAAACCUGGGAGGGGGCGGGGGGGUAUACAUUGUGUUGCUUAAUGGUUCAAAACUAAUUUAAAAGCACUUUUAGUAAUAUAUUUUAAAAUAAUAAGCUUCUUACAGUUACUAUCGGAUGUAGCUGCACAGAUACGUUCCAUUACUAUUGCCAAAGCUUGCUAAGCAUUUAAUAGCACCGAGGAAGGAUUAUAAUAUUGUUAUUUUAACUUAAUUGUUGUCAUUUUAAUUGGUGUACCUAGCACUUUACUUUUAAAGGAUGCUAUUAUAAGAUGGCAUAUUUAAUUAUUUUUUUAAAAUCUAUAUUUGCAAGGUUCCUUUAUAGAAUACUAUAGCUGAUGUGCUUUAGGGUGUUGUAAUGUCACGCAGUCCUGUUCUUUUCUUUUCUUACUGGACAGCUUUUCUACCACAUUUAGUUUACUGUCACUUUUCUCAGGGAUCCCAAAACAGGAGUUUCUUUUAAUUCGGCUCAACCUUAUUGCGGUACAGGUCACAUCUGUAGUAUCUAAGGCCAAAGGCAGUUUUCGUACGCUAUGUUGGGUGUUUUUAGCAUACUGUAUUUAUCAGAAGGGCUUUGCAAGAGUAGCAUUAUGAUGUCGGGAAGGACCAUAAAUAUCUUACUGGGGGCGACAUUGUUCAUCUCUGAACAAAUAGGGCUUGAAAGUAGAGGACCAGAUCUAUAGAAUAGUAACUGAUAAUCAGUAAAGGUCUAAAGUGGUGAAUCACAUGAAAAUCUGGCAAGUGCAUUGAUUUUUGUCAACAUUAUUCAGAGACUAUGAGGCCCUUAGUGACUUUAACUUCUUAAUCACUGGACAUUAAAACGCAUUUUAGAGCAUUCCAGAAAAGCAAAUCAAUAUUUUACUAUAUGUAUUACUGCACUUAAAUAUGAGGUUUAAAAGAAGGCUUCAGAGCUGUGCUUUUGAGGUCCUCUGUUACUAUGGAAAUCUCAACAUUGAAGGACAGCGCUGUUCUAUACAGUACAGUACGCCCAAUUUUCAACUGGCCAACUCCUCUACAGAGAGUCAUUGAAGAUUAGACUGGAGCAAAUGGUUCUGGCAGGUGUGAACUUUGGACGGUAGCAGUAGGUCAGAUUGUUUUGGUUGUUGUUAUGUUGGUCGUUUUCGUGCUGCUGGUUCUUAGCACCUAAUGUACGAAUUUAAGAUCGGGUUAAAAAACUAAUACAAAGUGACUGGCUCAAGGCCAUUUAAUGUGGGACUAGUAAUGUGGGAACAGAAAGGGUCUUCAGUGUUUUACCAGUGUCUUAAUAUGUCAGAAAUUAUUGAUCUUGAAGAGUUCAGUGCAAGUACUUGGUACCUGAAUAAAAAAACAACAUAUACAACAGUUAUCACAGUUGGGUUUAACAAUCUUUUUUUUUAUUUAUGGCCAGUUAUUAUUGUUAAUAGUUCAGUAAAAUUUCUCAGGGCAGGUGUGUUCCUCCUUUUUCUGUAACUGGUAUUCAUUAGUCAUGAAGACAUAUUUAUUUUGUGCUUAAUGAAACAGAACUUAUCACAUGGAACACAGCACACAGAAUCCCUUACAGGACUAAAUUUGAUAACAUUCAGGUAAUGUGAAUAGAAUUUGCACUGAACACUUCAUUUUUUUAAUAAAAAAGGGUGAUUUGCAGUAAUAAGCAGGACUUAAAUAAAACUCCAAUGAUUUAAAGAAUGUAGAUGUCAAUACGUUUGUACCUAAGAACCUUAUAAUGAAUUAUAGCCAUACUCCUUAAGAAGCAUGCUUUACAAUUUAAACACUAGUAUUCACAUUUGUAUUUCAGAAUUACAAUAUAUACAAUCAGCAAUUGUCAUUAAGCUCGACUGUUUUUUCGAUGUAUAUAUGUACAUAUUUUUGAGUCCCGCUGUAAAUAUUUUAUUGUUCCAUACAUUGGCUACAGUACAGUCAGAGCACUGAGUAUGCAAAACCAUUGAAACCAAUUUUAGAUUUGUACUGAGGUAAGAAAAUUUAGGUAUUUACAUCAAUGUAUUUCAGGAAAAGAGGUUUUGUUUUUGACAAAAUGUAUGUGUAAAAGAAACAGCAUUCUUUCAAAGUAUAGUAAGGGACAAGGUUCAGGUGGAAAGUUAUUCACAGUUUUUGGCACAGAAUCGGCAUUUAGUUAAACAAUUAGACUGCAUAUUUGUACUUAGAAAAGCAUCUAUUUUAUAAAUCAUAUGUACUUAAGUGCAAAUCGAUGACUGAAACUCUUUUAGGUGUCUUCUGCUUAAUUGUUAAUUAUCCACACAGUUGUUAAAUGGUACAUUAAUCUCCAUUUGUUGUAAUUAAAUAGAGGCAUUACAGGGAAUGUUGAAUAUGCUGAAUGUGUCAAAUCUAUUGGUGUAAGUUAACUUUGCUCUGGGGCUAACAUGGUGCAUCGUUUGUUAAACAGUGUAACACAUCUUGCGUUAUUUUCAUAGAGAUACAGCAGUUAGGAGUAUCUGAAAUUUGCAACAAGUAUUUGAUAAAUCUUUUAGGAAAAGAUAACAGCUUUGUAUAUACAUGUAACAUUAUGCAAACUUAUUUCUGACUAUUGCAUUUUCCUGUACACAAAUGUUAAUACUGUAGCUGCAAAAAAGCCAGCGUACCUAUUUGGAAAACAGCAGGGCUGUUACUAAAAGCUUUUCAAUAUGGUUUGUCCCUCAGAUUUGCCAGGGUACAUUAUUCUUGCUUGGCGGGCACAAUAUUAAUAUAAUUGCAUCUCUUCUUUUUCUCCUCCUGUAAUCUUCUGUCCCAGUUUUGUCAUUAAAGGUCUUUGAAGUAUUUUAUUUUUUAGACGGCGGCAAUUUGCACAUCGGAGGGGAGUAGGAUUUAGAAGGCAAGACCCUGCUGCAUCUGAGAUUUGAAAGAGGGGAUUUUAUGGCCAUGGUGUGUUCUUUGGGGCUUACCGAAAGCGUUAAUAAAGAUAAAUUGGAGUUUGAGUGGUUUGCAAAGCAGGUUGUUUGCCCUUGGCCAGAUUCGUCUUGGUGCCACCAUAGCGUGUUCUGAUAGUGUCCUGGAACACAGCAGAGAGAAAUCUUCAGUCUCCACCUGAUGCGCCUGUUUCACAGGGGUCUAGGACUGCUGGGCACAGACAGGUGCCAACCCACCCACCUCCUCUGUGUUCAUGCACCUGAAGGGGGAGCCAGGCCUGUGAGCCUUUUCAUUUUUACUUUCUGUUUCAGAGAGAGCAAACACAAAGACAACAUUUGACCUACUUCGUAGGUCUCGGGGUUAAACAGGAAAGCAGGUGGUGCAUAUCAGGUAGUCAAACUACAACAGGCAACAAAUAGCAUAUGAAAUUCAUCUAGUCAAAACUAAGAAUUGCCCCAUGGAAAGAUCAGUUUGCAAUACGGUUAUUUCUGUAUCACCAGCAUAAACGAGUUUGUGUAAAGAUGCUUAUACAAGUAAUAAGGACCUGCUUGGGAAGUAGGAAAACUGUUUAUACAGUUCUGUAUUCAUGGUGCCAAAGCGUGUUCAGGAGCUGAGUGAUGUUUUUUUGAAACGAUGCUGUUGUAAAAUGUUUUGUUGUUGUUGUUGUUGUUGUUGUUGUUGUUUUGUUUGCUUGCUGUAGCACUUCCCAUGCUUUGCACUUGACAAAGUCCACGUUUUGAUGGCUGACCUUUGGGUAUUGUGUACGACAAGAAAUACAAAAUAAAUGCCUACUUAGUCUUUCUACAAAACUGA